GAGGCGGGGCUGGGCUGGUCCCCGGGCCGGGAGGAGGCUCAGUGGCCAGCCGGGAGCAGAGGCGAUUGCCGUGGUGCGUGGGCUCUCCGAAGGGACGCGGGCGAAAGUGAAACCUGUGAAAUCCUUACUGUACUUCUUCUUUGUAGUGAAGGUUGUCAAUGAGACGCGGAGAAAUGGCUAAACUGACCCAGUUAAUUGACAAUGACGUCUUCCGGGCUUUUGCCACCUAUGCAACUAUUGUUCUUCUAAAAAUGAUGUUAAUGAGUCUUUUAACAGCAUACUACAGAAUCACAAGGAAGGCAUUUGCCAACCCAGAAGAUACAGCAUCAUUUGGAAAAGGUGAGAAUGCUAAAAAAUACCUGAGGACUGAUGCAGAUGUCGAACGUGUACGCAGAGGCCACCUGAAUGACCUUGAAAAUAUUGUCCCAUUUCUUGGCAUUGGACUUCUGUAUGCUCUUAGUGGCCCUGAGCUGUCCACAGCCUUGCUGCACUUCAGAAUCUUCGUUGGGGCUAGGAUUGCUCACACUUUUGCAUACAUGAUCCCUCUUCCCCAGCCUGGCAGAGGUUUGUCUUGGGCAGUUGGAUAUGCAGUGACCAUCUCAAUGGCAUACAGACUGCUGAGCUCAGUGUUGUACCUGUAACAGAGUUAUAACUUCUCUGUACCCUUCCACAUUCCACACAAAGUUUCCAGCUGUGUACGUUGGUGUCUUGAAUAAGCCAGCAUGAGUCUUGUGGGGUGACUGGAAUUCAUUUUUAAGCAGAGGCUUUUCAUUCCUGUUCAGAAAUAUUUCUUUUUGGAGGAAAAAAAAAAACCCAAAACAAAAAACCAAACAAAAUCCCUCUCCCUUUAUUCCCUAUUCAUGAGCUGCGUUACCAAAAUAUUAUGUAGAAUGUUCUGAACUUUAUGAUUUGUCAAGUGCUUAUGAUUCUAAACAUUUGAUGAAGCUGUAUCGAUAGCAUGCAUGGUAAUUUUCUACAGAUGCACUAUUUUUGGCUGUAGCUCUGAAGUCUAAAUCAAUAAAGACAAGAGGA